GCAGAGAUGGAGGGCAUGGAUUUUGAGGAUGAGAAGUCCAAGAGGUACUGCAUGAAGACAAAGCAUGUGGCUAUCAUCUGUGGAGUUGUGGUUGUUGUAGGACUUGCUGUGGGGCUUGGUGUGGGAUUGAGCAGACCCAAACCUCCAAAGACAACAGAGCAAACAACAACAACAACAACAACAACAACAACAACAACAACAACAACAACAACAACAGAACAGCCUCCUCCCCCAGUGGAUUUGGGUCCCUGUCCUUCCAAGAAUGAUGAGACUGGAGACUGGAGACAUUUUAGGCUUCCCACUUAUGUCAAGCCUGUCCAUUAUGAUCUGGAAAUCAAGCCUGAAAUGGAGAAAGACACUUACAGUGGGACAGUCAGUAUAUCCAUUGCUUUGGAAAAACCAACCAGCUCCCUGUGGCUUCACCUGCGAGAGACCAAGGUUACAGAAAUACCCACACUCCGGAAAUCUUCGGGACAGCAGAUUGCUCUGAAUGACUGCUUUGAGUACAAGCCACAAGAAUACAUUGUGGUGAAGGCAGCAGCAGAGCUCCCUGUCACUGAUGAAAGUGAUCCCUAUGUGCUCACCCUGAAGUUUCAAGGCUGGCUGAAUGGUUCGCUGGUUGGGUUUUAUAGGACCACCUAUACUGAGAACGGACAGAUCAAGAGCAUUGCAGCUACUGAUCAUGAGCCAACAGAUGCACGGAAAUCAUUUCCUUGCUUUGACGAGCCAAACAAAAAGGCAACAUACAACAUAUCCAUCAUCCAUCAAGAUGUGUACCAAGCGCUUUCAAACAUGCCAGUACAGAAAACUGUACAGCUUGGUGAUGGCUGGAAUCGAACAACUUUUGAGAAGUCAGUUCCCAUGAGCACUUACUUGGUAUGCUUUGCAGUGCAUCAGUUUGCCUGGGUAGAAAGAAUAUCAGCAAGUGGAAAACCACUGAGAGUUUACGCCCAGCCACAGCAAAUACACACAGCAGAAUAUGCAGCAAAAGUAACAAAAAUUGUAUUCGACUUCUUUGAAGAGUACUUUAAUUUGAGCUACUCCCUUCCAAAACUAGAUAAAAUAGCUAUUCCAGAUUUCGGGACAGGUGCUAUGGAGAACUGGGGGCUGAUCACAUAUCGAGAAACAAACCUGCUGUAUGAUCCUAAUGAGUCAGCCUCAUCCAACAAACAGAGAGUAGCUGCUGUGAUAGCCCAUGAGCUCGUUCAUCAGUGGUUUGGAAAUAUCGUAACCAUGGACUGGUGGGAUGACUUGUGGUUAAAUGAAGGAUUUGCCAGUUAUUUUGAGUUCCUGGGAGCAAAUAAAGCAGAACCAAGUUGGCAAAUGCUUGAACAGGUUUUAAUUGAGGAUGUGCUUCCUGUACUGAAAGAUGACUCUUUGCUGUCUUCUCACCCAAUUGUAGUCGAUGUGUCAUCUCCAGCUGAAAUCACCUCUGUGUUUGAUGGGAUAUCCUACAGUAAGGGUGCAUCAAUCCUCAGAAUGAUUCAAGACUGGAUUACACCAGAGCUCUUCCGAAAAGGCUGUCAGGCGUAUUUGAAAAAACACCAUUUCCAGAAUGCCAAGACACAACAAUUUUGGGAAGCUCUGGAAGAGGCAAGUAAUAAAUCUGUGAAGGAAGUCAUGGACACAUGGACUGGGCAGAUGGGCUACCCUGUUUUGGAGAUGGGAGAUAAUUCAGUAUUCAUACAGAAACGUUUUCUUUUGGAUCCCAAAGCAAAUGCUUCUCAUCCUCCUUCUGGUCUUGGUUAUAAAUGGAAUAUACCAGUCAAAUGGAAGCGUGGUGAUUCAUCAGGUUAUACUUUCUACAACGCAUCAGAUUCUAGAGGAAUUACAAUAGAAGGUACUUCUGAUACUUUUGUGAAAGUUAAUCCAGACCACAUUGGAUUCUUUCGGGUGAAUUAUGAUAGUCAAAACUGGGCCACGUUAAGCAGUCUUCUGCUCCAAAACCACACAAGUUUUUCAGCUGCUGAUCGUGCAGGGAUUUUGGAUGAUGCCUUUUCUUUAGCAAGACCUGGACUUGUGAAUUACUCUGUUCCCCUGGAACUCACAAAAUACCUAAGAAACGAAACAGAAUAUUUACCUUGGAAUAGAGCUGUAUCAGCUGUAACUUACCUUGCAAACAUGCUUGAAGAUGAUAAAAAUCUCUAUCCCGUGUUUCAGACGUAUUUUAGCAAUCUGGUAAAGCCAGCUGUGGAUCAACUAGGCUGGGAAGAUUCUGGAGACCAUUUGCAGAGGCUUCUUCGUGCAUCUCUUCUAGACUUUGCCUGCAGUAUGAAUGAUGAAGAAUCUUUGCGCAAUGCUUCUCAACUCUUUGAUAGAUGGUUACAAGGAGAAACUAUUGCUGCAAAUCUCCGACUCAUAGUAUAUCGCUAUGGGAUGCAGAACUCAGGCAAUGAGACAUCAUGGAAUCACAUGUUCAAAGAAUACCAAAAAACUACAUUAGCCCAAGAAAAAGAAAAGCUGCUAUAUGGCCUGGCAUCAGUGAGGAACAUCACCCUUUUGGACAGGUAUCUGAAAUAUAUUUACAACACCAGCCUUAUCAAAAGCCAAGAUGUGUUCACAGUCCUGAGAUACAUCUCAUAUAACACCUAUGGGAAAACAAUGGCCUGGGACUGGAUACGACUGAACUGGGAGUACUUAGUUGACAGAUUCACUAUAAAUGACAGAACCCUUGGUCGAAUAGUAACUAUUACCCAAACUUUCAACACUGAGCUCCAGCUUUGGCAGAUGGAAAAUUUCUUUGAAAAAUAUCCUAAUGCUGGGGCAGGAGAAAUGCCCAGAAGUCAGUCACUGGAGCAAGUGAAGAGCAACAUUGAAUGGCUAAAAGAAAACAAGGAGGAAAUAGAAACAUGGCUGAAAGCAUAG